CCCUUUUCAGAUACACCUUUGCCAUCUUCCUCUGCAGACCGGAACAGCAGCCCAACCCAUGACUUUGACCUGGAUAUCAUUUUGAAUAAACAUGGAACAAACAAAUGUGUCAGAUAUCCAGAACACAAGAACCUUACAACUGAAUCCGAGUUCAUACAGAAAUGAGAUGAGUUCAUGCGUUGGUGGAGGACAACUACAGCAGCUGGAAAGCUUGAAAAGAGAGGCAAAGACAUGCGAUGGGGAGGAUCAAAACAGUCUCAGGGUUGGCUACACUUCAUUGAAGUGGCAUGCCUUGAUGAUGGCACUCCACAUGCUCGCUGUAUUCAUUGUGAGACCUUUAUUGAUCAUCCAGGUAGAGGCAACGGGACCAAAACAAUGAUCAGAC